GUCCCCUCCUUUCGGUAGAUCAUCAUCUUAAAACUAUCGAAAUGAACAAGUUGAUGUUUGGAAUCACUCUCCUGGCCCUUCUUUGGUUGUUUGCCAGCGAGUCAGACUGUUUUAAACUUUUUGAGUCAAGAGAGGCUCCGAGUAAGGAUAUUUGGUACUUUGUGGGAACCACCAGGGAAAAGUUCAAACGAGAGCAUGGAGACCUCACACCACGUGUACAACAGAAUAUCGCUGGCCAGAUUAUUCGAGAACUCGAAUGGUUUGAAAAACUUUUCGAAAAGAAAGUGAGUUUAUUGGAACUAGAGACGACUAACGCCCAGAUGGAAAAACGGUCAGGGAUGGAAAAUGUUGCCGAAGUGGCAAAGAAAGAUUUAACAGCGUUGAAAGAGACACUCAACAUUAGUGGAGGAAUACGAAAUCCAGAUGACUUUCGACAGCCAGCCUACAUACAAGACUGCCUGGCAGGCAUACACCAAAAUGACGAUAAAGAUCAAAAGAAACUGAAAUUCUACAGAUGCGGAGCACUUAUCUUUAGGAAGACACUUGAAAACAUUCGGAAAUUUAUUUUGGAGUCUCUAGAAAUCUUCAUCCAAAUAUUUGAGGAGUACAUUAGAGCAAAUGUUUCGUUCCUUCAGCUUUACCAUCAGUACGUCAGAGAUACUGGAGAACAAUAUAUGAAGCGGGGAAUAGAAAUGGCUGACGUGAAAAGAGUGUUGGAAGACCUUCUGACUAAUGCAAAACUGGACAAAUAAGACAUGAUUAAAUAAGUUUUAGUUAUGCACGUGCGGACGACUCCACUCGCUUUUCAGUUAUAACUAUACUACUGCACAAUUGACCCACAUAUCUAACAUGCUUUCUCAACGUCUGUAUGAAAUAAUACAUAUGUCCUUAAAAGAAUUUACUCUAGAGAUCCAGUUGUAUGUUUUCAAACUCAUAUAAAACGUGGUAAAUGAAAAGAAACGUGAACCCAUGCAGUCUUGCUUCAUUGUGUUUGCCCUUGUCGUUAUUGAUGUUCGAUACGAAUCCAUCAUCCUCACUUUUUCUUGUUCAUUUUUUCGUAUUGUUCUUUGUCAUUUAAAUACAUUAGCUUUCGCUGCAUCGGGGAACUAGGCCGGGAAAGACGGUUUUUCAGAUUCCAACUGGAACAUUUUUCCACUACUUAUUCUUUAGUGAAACUCGUACAUGUUAGACUUAAUAGGUUAAGAACUAGUUGAUUCUCUACCCUCCGCCCAGUCAGUUCACUUUAAAUAGUCAAUAUAUAUGUCAUACCUUAACACACCUAUAGUGUAUGUAUAGAAAAAAUGAUGAAAUAAAUCGUUUAGAUAUGCAA